AUGUUUCUCUUAGAUUUUCUUGGAGUAUCUGUAACAAUGCUGAUUCAAGCGGGCUUUGCUGGCGCAACUUAUAUGUAUUCAGUUUACUAUCCCAAUCCGAUAGUUACCAUAGGAGUUUAUUGUAAAAUAUGGUUUUAUACAAAUCAAUCCGUCUCGAUGAUGUUUCGAUGGAUGCUGACUGCAGCUUGUCUGGAUCGAUAUGCUCUCUCAUCAACAAAUGCACGUUUACGACAUUAUGCAAAUAUAAAAAAUACACGUUUAACAGUGAUUAUCAUUGUGAUCGUGUGGAUAAUAUUGCCUAUUCCUCUUCUUAUUCUUAAUGGUGUAAGAGCUGGAACUUGCAACGUUAUCUAUGGAUAUGCUGCAUCACUUUAUAAUAAUAUUUUUACAAUGAUCAACGGUUACGCUAUUCCAAUAAUAACUAUGACUAUUUGUAGUAUACUUAUUCAAAAGAAUCUUGUUAACAAACGAGAACGCCGUCAUAUAAAUAUUCAUCAACCAAAGGGAGAAAAUAACAAGCAACAUCUCGAACGAAGACGUGAUCAACAAGCUUUAGUUAUGCUUUUUGCACAAAUAUUUGUUUACUUUAUUUUAACAACACCUUGGAUGAUUUAUAAUAUCUAUAGUACUCUUACACUCGAUAUAAUAAAUAAAUCAGCUAAUCGAAUGGCCAUCGAACGAUUUGUAUAUACUUUGAGUUCAUUAACAGUUCUUUUAUUUCCAACUUCAUCAUUUUAUUUGUACACAUUAACAUCAAGCAUGUAUCGUAAGGAGCUACUCAUCAUGUUGCGUUCAGCUCUUCCUUGCAGAUAUUUCAACAAUAACCGUCGAAUUGAGCCAAUAAGACACACUCUUACACAGAGAGCGGUUACUUUACAAUAA